GGAGGGGUAGAGUGGGAGAGCAGAGAAGGAUAGAGUCCCAGAAGUGGAAAAACACUGCCUUACUGUGUGGGUCAUUCUAUUGGCUUCCAGAUAGAACCCAUCAUAUCAAGGAAAUACAAGCAUGAGCAGGUCUGUUGAAGAUGCACUGGUCUCCGGAGCACGCGGCCCCCCUGUCCCAGUGGCCUGAGCAGCACCUGGAUGUGUCUUCCACCACCUCCCCUCCCUCUGCCCACAAACACGACUCACGUGGUUACACCACUGCAGCCGGAUACCCCUGGGCCAGCGACGACAUCUCUGCCCUCACCGCCUCUUCCUUGUUAAAACGCUAUGCCGAAAAGUACUCAGGCCUGGAGCUGCCCUACGAAAGGCCUGCCCCAGGGGCUUACUCAGAGCUUGGGACCUUCCUGAAGAGUGAAACUGAGCCCUGGGCCCUGGGGCAGGGCAUGGAGUGUUACCCUGUGCUGGAGGCCCUGGCAGCAGGGGCCAAAGUGGGAUCAGCAUCAGUGGGCCUCCCUGGCACGGGCAGUGUGACGGUGGUGAACAGUAACUUGACCUCUGACCCUGGGUAUAGUGGUGGUGGCUCCUGUAAUGGCCCCCCCUCUCAGGACUACCCCCUCUCCUACAACAGCACCUACCUCUCCUCAGGAUACUGCCUCCAGCCCGGCUCAGCACUUCCCCCAGCCUCUCUGCAAACCACCCCCACCCUGGUGUCCAGCUACAACCCUACCAACCCUGUAUACAACUACCCGCCAGGCUGCUACCCCCACCUCCAGACCAGCCUGGCAGCCAGCUACAGCCACAGCCACCCCAGUGCCUCCUACCUCCCCUCUGGGCUGAGCACCCCUACCCCCCUGACCCCCCGGUCCACCAUGGAGGGGGGCAGCUAUGGCUACCCCAGUCACAGCCUAGGGGCCGGCUCUGAGACAGGAGGGCCGCUGAAACGCAAGGCCUUUGAGAUGGCGGAAGAGGGGGAGGAGGGAGGAGGAGAUGGCUCGCGGUACAGGAAGUACGGCAACAGCAAGAGCCACGUCAAUGGUCACGGCAACGACUACGACAUAGCGGGCUCAGAAGUCCAGGCCUACAAGCCCGGCAAGCCUCUGGUGUCGCCUCCUUAUGGUGGGCAGGGGGAGUAUAGCCCCUCCUCAGGCCUAGGGGGGGAGAGUGGGGGAGGAGGGGAACAUGGCUUCCCCCAUCAGAGGCUGGCCAUGAAGAUGCCUGUGUCACAUGCACGAUCUGAGGACCCAACUGGAGGACGCUAGUUCAGGCACUUGAAAGGAAAAAACUCUCUGGGGGUCCCUCGGUUUUAUUGGCAUUUGAAAACCAAGUAGAGUACUUACUCUGACAAAAACUGGGGGAAAUAAUAAUUGGAUUUUGCAAUGAGAGGUCAUGUGAUCUAACCAGAAAGGAGAGAAAAUGGCAAAUGACUUGAAUCCGCCUCCUAUCUUAUAUCAUUUUCAUUCUUAGAUUUUCUCCAAAGAGUCAAGGGGCACUUUGUCCUGUAUGGGUAUGGUGGGGUGGUGUGAGGACAGAGGGAGGGAUCUAGAUGGAUAGGGCUAAAUCAGGCAGUCAAUGGAUUACCGACCGCUUCUCUCAGGAUCCUAUUUACUUCCCAAUCUGCUACGACAGUGACAUUGCAAUGUUGUUGUUUUGAAGAGUUGCUCUCUUAAUUGGAGUGGCCACUUGAUAUGGAAAGGACGUUUGACUCUAUUACCUCCUACAGCACCAUAAGAAUCAUAACCUUUCAGACCAAAAAGUAGAGAAGAACAUAAUUGAUGUGAUGUACUUUAAUAACAUGACACCACGAGCACAAUGACAGCUCUUCUGAGGCUUGGUGCCUCUAUACAACUCGCUUUGAAACGAAUGUCCCCCUCUCCCCCCUUCCCUUUUCCCUGUUUUCUUUUGACAGUGUUUCUAUGUUAUUUCUCCAUAUUUCUCUCCAUUUUCACCAUGUUUUCCCUUCCCUGCUUUUUCUCAGUUUGUUUCACUCACUCACUCUUUUUCUUUUUCUGUUAAAGCUGCAAUAUGUAACUUUUUGGGCAACCUGACCAAAUUCACAUAGAAAUGUGAGUUAUAGAUAUGUUAUUCUCAUCGAAAGCAAGCUUAAGAAGCAGUAGAUCUAUUCUAUGUGUGCUAUUUCUAUACUUCCAGUUCUUUAGUUUUUGCUUCUUUUACUUUCGGUUUUGUACAACAGCUUUAAACAGCUGAAAAUACAAUAUUUUUGGUUAUUGAAAAUAUAUUUCACAACAGUUUAGAUGGUACAAUGAUUCUCUAUACUAGGCAUUGCUUAUUUUGUCAAAAACUGAAAUUAGGUUAACUAUUGUUCAUUAUGCAGUGUUACAUGCAGCUCUAUCAAUACAUUCAAAUACUUAAACCUGCAGAAAGAGAUACUUGUAGAAACAGACUCGAGAGAGAGAAUUUUAACUACAGCAUUUAAACUCAUCAAAAAAAGAAAAGUCCUCUCACUAUCAACUGCGUUAAUUUUCAGCAAACUUAACAUGUGUAAAUAUUUGUAUGAACAUAACAUUCAACAACUGAGACAUACACUGAACCAGUUCCAUAGACAUGUGACUAACAGAAAUGGAAUAAUGUGUCCCUGAGCGAAGGGGGGGGGUGUCAAAAUCAAAAGUAACAGUCAGUAUCUGGUGUGGCCACCAGCUGCAUUAAAUACUGCAGUGCAUCUCCUCCUCAUCGACUGCACCAGAUUUGCCAGAUCCAGGCUCUUCGCUGGCCAUGGCAGAACACUGACAUUACUGUCUUGCAGGAAAUCACGCACAGAACGAGCAGUAUGGCUGGUGGCAUUGUCAUGCUGGAGGGUCAUGUCAAGAUGAGCCUGCAGGAAGGGUACCACAUGAGGGAGGAUGUCUUCUCUGUAACGCACAGUGUUGAGAUUGCCUGCAAUGACAACAAGGUCAGUCCGAUGAUGCUUGACACACCGCCCCAGACCAUGACGGACCCUCCACCUCCAAAUCGAUCCCGCUCCAGAGUACAGGCCUCGGUGUAACGCUCAUUCCUUCGACGAUAAACGCGAAUCCGACCAUCACCCCUGGUGAGACAAAACCGCGACUCGUCAGUGAAGAGCACUUUUUCCCAGUCCUGUCUGGUCCAGCGACAGUGGGUUUGGUUUGUGCCCAUAGCCGACGUUGUUGUCGAUGAAGUCUGGUGAGGACAUGCCUUACAACAGGCCUACAAGCCCUCAGUCCUGCCUCUCUCAGCCUAUUGGGGACAGCCUGAGCACUGAUGGAGGGAUUGUGCAUUCCUGGUGUAACUCUGGCAGUUGUUGUUGCCAUCCUGUACCUGUCCCGCAGGUGUUAUGUUCGUACCGAUCGUGUGCAGGUGUUGUUACACGUGGUCUGCCACUGCGAGGACGAUCAGCUGUUCUUCCUGUCUUAGGCGUUUCACAGUACGGACAUUGCAAUUUAUUGCUCUGGCCACAUCUGCAGUCCUCAUACCUCCUUGCAGCAUGCCUAAGUCACGUUCACGCAGAUGAGCAGGGACCCUGGGAAUAUUUAUUUUGGUGUUUUUCAGAGUCAGUAGAAAGGCCUCUUUAGUGUCCUACGUUUUGAUAACUGUGACCUUAAUUUCCUACUAUCUGUAAGCUGUUAGUGUCUUAACGACCGUUCCACAGGUGCAUGUUCAUUAAAUGUUUAUGGUUCAUUGAACAAGCAUGGGAACCAGUGUUUAAACCCUUUACAAUGAAGAUCUGCGAAGUUAUUUGGAUUUUUACAAAUUAUCUUUGAAAGACAGGGUCCUGAAAAAGAGGCGUUUCUUUUUUUGCAGAGUUUACUAAAGAGUACACUGUCAAACCAAUGCAAAUGUGCCGUUUUCAUAGAGAUACUCUUAGAAUCCUAAAAUCGGAGUCUGAUUGUGUUUUUGAUGUAUACGUUCUUUUUUAUUUUUGCCUUUUUAAAGAAAUAUAUGUAGUCUUGUUAUUGAAUACUCAGGAAGAUUGUUGUAUUGUAAAAGAAUGUAUGUAUGUAUGUAUGUAUGUAUGUAUGUAUGUAUGUAUGUAUUACCUUCUGGUGUUUGUAGGGAACUUUAUGGAGAAUAUAAUGGAGUCAUGGCUGGUGUAAUACAGACAUACUGUACACUUCAGGGAACAAAGAGCUUUUAGGGCCACCAAUAUUAGCGUUUGUGCGCACACACAUGCACAAACACGUCCCCACACACACUUACACAUAAGCAUGCACACACAGGCACGGCCACGUAGAUUCAAAUAUUUGAACACCCACACCCAACUUGUGAAUUGAAACUUGAGAUUCCUACCAAUGCCUGAAACGUAGAAUGUAAUUCAAUAUAUUUUAUUCAAAGGAUAAUAGAUACCAUAAUGUACAUCAAUAUUUUUUUUUUAGAUAUAUAAAACAUAUUUUCUU